AUGGUCAUUAAGUCAAAGGAAUCCUCAUCAGCAUCACCUUCACUCAACAUGAUUCAAACAGUUAUUGUAGCUUUAGCAUUAUUGGCAGGCUUGUGGUUUAUUCGCAACAAGCGAGCUCCGUCUACCCCCUAUUCACAUCUGCCUCUUCCACCUGGUCCGAAAAGACUGCCGGUCAUAGGAAAUCUCCUCAAUAUGCCUGCCGCUGCUCAUGACUAUCACGAGUGGUCGAAACAAUACAAAAGCGAUAUAAUUUAUUUGGACGUCCCAGGAUCGAAGAUGGUUGUGUUGGACACCUACGACGCCGCCUUUGAGCUUCUGGAAAGGCGUUCUGCCAAAUAUUCUAGUAGAGCCCGGUUGACUAUGGUUAACGAGCUGAUGGGAUGGGACUUUGCGUUGGGCUUCAUGGAAUAUGGUAAAGCAUGGCGUGAUCGCCGAAGGCUGAUGCAUAACAGCUUCCAUCCAGAGGCUGCCAAACAAUUUCGGCCUCAACUCCUGAAAGAAACACGGAAAAUGCUUGAACGAUUCCUAGAUACACCGAACGGCGAUGUGAUGGGGAAUAUACGCCACAUGACACGGAACAUAAUACUACAAAUAACUUAUGGACUGGAAGUGCAGCCUGAAGGCGACCCGUUUAUCGAAGUCGCAGAACGUGCGAUCGAAGGGUCACUAGUUGCCUCUAUUCCGGGAAAUUUCUUGGUCAACUCUUUCCCAUUCCUGAAGCACGUUCCGGAUUGGUUCCCUGGCGCUAGCUUCCACAAGAAGGCACGGGAGUGGAAAGGCUAUGGCCUGAAGAUGAUCGAAUCUCCCUUUUCAGCAACGAAACGUAACAUGGCUGCAGGAGAAUCGCCUCAAUGCUUCGUUUCAACGAACUUGGAGAAAAUGGAGACGCAUGACGCAGCACACGAAAGAGACAUAAAGUUAACAGCUGGUAGCAUGUACUCUGGCGCCCAGACUUUGUCCGCAAUAGGCUCGUGCAUCCUUGGGUUCCUCCAGAAACCGGAGGUGCUCAAGAAAGCUCAAGCAGAGGUUGACAAAAUGGUCAAACCAGGGCAUCUACCUGACUUCGAAGAUAUCGAUUCGCUUCCUUACAUUACCGCUAUUACGAUGGAGGUAUUGCGUUGGCGAGUUGUUGGACCUAUUGGCGUUCCUCACCUGCUUACAGAGGAGGACGAAUAUAAAGGAUACAGAAUUCCUGCUGGAACAACAGUAAUAGCUAACCAAUGGGCCAUGCUUCACGACGAAAGCGUGUAUCCAAACCCUUCAGAUUUCAACCCUGAUAGGUUCAUGUUAGACGGGAAAGUAAACCCUGCUGUACGUGACCCUUCGCAUGCUUGCUGGGGAUUUGGAAGGCGUAUAUGCCCUGGCAGAUACAUGGCAUUUUCUUCCGUAUGGAUAGCCAUAGCAUCGUUGGUCGCCGUUUUCGAUAUUUCGAAUGCAGUUGAUGACGAAGGAAAUGUCAUUGAGCCCACCCACGAAUACACACCUAAUCUCAUAAGGGUCCCUGUGCCAUAUAAAUGUUCAAUCACUCCACGGUCUCCACAAUCCGAUAGGUUGAUCCGCGCCUCCGUUCAUGAAGAACUAGCAAAUGCUUAA